AUGUCAAAGGCUAUCUUACCCUCCAGAAUGAACUUGGCUGUCUUCAAGCAAAAGAAGAUUGGCGCUAAGAAAGGAUUCGAUCUUUUGAAAAAGAAGUCUGAUGCUCUUAAGAAGUCUUUCAGAGAAAUUCUAGCCAAGAUCUUGGAAACUAAAAAGAGAAUGGGAAAGGAGUUCAACCUCGCUUUGAUAUCCUUGGCCGAAGCUAACUUUGCUGCUGGUGAUUUUUCCAAGUCAGUCCUUGAUUCUGUCAAGACCAGAACCAAUGUCAGACUAAACAUCUCCUCAGAAAACGUGGCUGGUGUUCAUUUGCCUAUUUUCAGUCUUAGAGGUGAUGCAGACGAUUAAAAUGAUGAUCGUCAAAUGCUUGGUCUCACUGGUGGUGGUCAAGCCAUCCAAAGAUGCAAAGAGAGAUUCCAAAAGUUCCUCAAGAUCUUAGUUGAUAUUGCCUCAUUACAGACUCAAUUCAUCACUCUCGAUGAAGUUAUCAAGGUCACCAACAGAAGAGUUAAUGCCCUUGAGUAUGUCGUCAUCCCAAGAAUCGAAUUCACAAUCAGCUAUAUCGAGAAGGAACUCGACGAAGAGAGCAGAGAAGAUUUCUUCAGAUUGAAGAAAGUUACUGAUAACAAGAAGAAUGAGAAAAUUGAAUCAUAGAAGAUUGCUAAAGGAAAUGAUGAUUUACCAGAACAGACUGAGUCAAUCUUUGGAGGAGAAGACGAGGAAGAGCUGUUGUUCUGA